CAUUUUCAACCUAAUGGUCUCACCUUUUGCCCUAUGCUUCUACCCAUCACAUUUGAUGAAUAAAAAAUGCAGUUAAAGGUGCCAGUCGCAUUGAUCGUGCUAGAGGAAUGUGUAAAAAGCUGGUCGGACAUUUCUCACACAGUUGGAAAAAGAAGGAAGCACUGAAGAAAGCUCAGAGGGAGUUGAACCUGCCGGAACAUUCUCUAAUUACAGAAUGCCCAACAAGAUGGGGCACAAGGCAGCGGAUGAUGGAAAGAAUACUGGAGCAGCAGCGGGCCCUGUCACAGGUUCUCUCAGAGAACAGAAAUACACGACAUCUGGUUCCUUCAUGGCAGGACAUAGAGGUCCUUGAAUCAGUAAACAGGGCACUGAAGCCACUCCAGAAGUUUACCGACGCCCUGUCUGGAGAAGAUUAUGUGAGCAUAUCUUAUGUGCAACCAGUUCUUCAGCUGCUGAAGACAAAGACUCUUGCAGAAGAUAAGGAGGACAGUGAGCUGACACGCUCAGUCAAAGCCAAAAUUCUGGACUACAUGGAGAGGAAGUAUGAGGAUUCUGCAACACAGUCUCUACUGGACACUUCUUCUUUCCUGGAUCCCAGGUUCAAGGCAGACUACAUCAGUGCUGAAAGCCUCAUAGACAUCAAGGCAAAAUUGAUGGCUGAAAUGAAGACAACACAAAUGGAGAGGGAACCUGUUUUUGAUGCCACAGCAGAAGUACAGACAGGGUCUCCUCAGAGCCAUGGAGCACAAAGUGAGAAGAGGAAAAAGAGGACUUUAGGAAGCCUGUUACAGUCUGCCAUCCCAUCUACAUCCUCCUCUGUACCACUACCCACUGGCACUGACCAAGCUGUUGUCGAAUCAGAAUUCAACAGCUAUCUUCUCAUACCCACAAUUGACAGUGAGGGAGAUCCUUUGGCCCGAUGGAGGAAGCACCACCUCAACUUUCCUCAUUUAAGUGUGCUUGCCAGGAAGUAUCUUUGUGUGCCUGCCACUAGUGCACCCUCUGAAAGACCUUUCAGUGCCUCAGGAAAUGUAGUGACCUGUCAGCGUUCAUGCUUAAAACCAAGCAAAGUAAAUAUGCAGGUUUUCUUGGCCAAAAAUCUUUAAGAAGAUUUCAUUAAGUUGAUAUGACAUUGUCCAAUGCGUGACUAAAUGUAAAAUAAAAAGACUAGGUAGAAAUCAGGAGAAUUAAUAGAAAAAAUGAAAAUGGAUUGCUGAGCUUAUUUGCAGUCUGUUGGCAUGUUUUUGGCUUUAAUUGUUAAAUAUUUUCUGACUGUAGAGUUCUACACUGUAAACAAUGGUUUGUCCGUUCAACCUAAAAAAUUACUUAAUGUGGUAACAAGAUUGAACUGUGUUUAAUCAACUUUAAAUAAAUACUUUUAAUGUCUUUUUUUAGGUUGUAUGGACAAACAGCAUUUUACACAGUAUACCUAACUUUUAGAAAAAACUGCAAGUUUUUGUGCUUUUAUGUUGGCUAUGUUGCUUCUGUGAUGCUGAGCUCUAGCUAUAAUACGUUUGUGCUAGUACCAGAAAAGUGAGCUUUUGUUUGUAUUUUAUUUCAUUUAUUUUUUAACCUUAUUUUUCUAUUAUUUACUUAUUUAUUCAUUUGUUUUAUUAUUAUUUAUUAUUACUAAAUGUUGAGAGAACACAGCCUUGCACCGCACAAAAUGUUUGCACUAUUACUUGUACACAUGUUAUCUAAUUUUAGAUUUCAUCUAUUGUUGAAUAAACCUGCAAAAUAUUUGGAAUUAUUCUGGAUUCAUUACACAGUAAAAAACAAAACAAAUUAACGUGCUGCUGUUCAGAGAGACACUACAUUUCUGUAUUUUAAUCUUAAUUUAUCGUGUUUCACAUCGAUAUCGGGAUAUCCAACAAUGUUAUCGCACAUCGCAAUUCUAGUCCAUAUCGUGCACCCCUACCAAUAACAUUGUGGAACUUGUGCACAGGCCAGCCAAUAUGUUGGUCAAUGUAAAAGCACAGCAUGAGAUGGUUAGUGCUAUCUGUAGAUGCAGAAUCCGUGAGGUGACAUUGACACAAUGUAUAUUUGAAAAAUCUGCUAAUUCCAAGCUAUGUUUAUUACUUGUUUCUUGUUCAAACCACUGAUUAUAUACUGAUGCAGUUCUUUUACUUAUACAGUGUUGAUUAAGUUUCCAUUUGUUGAUGGUGCUACCAAUACCGUGUGGAUGCAACAUUACUUAUAUCGAACUGAUCUGUUGCUGCUAGUGUGGUUUCAGUAUUACUUUUAUUGCACUUUUAUUGUUGCUACCUAUUUGGACGCAGUGUUAGUUAUCGCACUGUUUGAUUCUUUUGUGAAUGCAGUCUUACUCUUAUCACACUGCUUGUUGCGAACUGUGAAUGCAGUGCUGCUUUUAUUGCGCUAAUUGAUAGUCUUCCUUAUUCAGAAUUUUGGCUUAAUGAUGUACAUUUUGCAUUUUGUAAAAUGUCAUACCACUUAAAUACUUUGGCUUUGUCUAACAAUCUUCAGUAGCACAAAAUCUAAAUCACUG